AUAAUUAUACUCCAAAACCAAAACCGCAAAAAGACGAAUCAUCAUCUACUAAUUUUAUGGACGCACUCUCCCAAAUUAAAACUGGUGAAUCUGCUGUGCAAGAAAACUCUGAUAAUACGGUUAAUAGUCAAGAUAUAGAUUCAGAUUAA